AUGCCGCCGCUAAUGAUUGCAUCCCACAGAUCGGGGAUCCCCGCUGCCCGCGCCUUUAACCUAUCUUCUCAGGUUGACCCGUGUAGCCACGCCGCUGCUCUGGUUCUAUCCGCCACGAGAUUGUCCGCCCCGGGAGCCCGUGUAAUUGUGGGUGCUCUCUGUAAGAAAAGGAGAGGAACUCGAUUUCUGAGUUGUGACAGAUAUAAUGUGCGUGUGGGAGAGGCUUUGCUUUUUCAAGACUGUUCGAUUUGGUCUUUGAGCUCACUCGUGUCUAUCUGUAUUCUAACGGGACCCAAGUCGAACCCUCUGACACGGGCAGCAAAAUAUAGAGAACUCAAUGUUUCACCCAGGUCUGAUGCUUCGUUGAACUCUAAUUUCUUCCAUCCUCUUGGCCACAUCACCAUCAUUUACCCUGAGCCAUCCAUCAGUCAUCCACACGAGUACAUCGCCACCGUGCUCCAACGGACUUCAAAGGCCGUCAAACGCAGUGCUGCUCGAUGCUCUCCGUCGCCAGGCUGCAGAUCUAAUACGCCACCUCUGUCACAGAGCCGCCGCCGGCCACUGUACAUUGUAGUCGCUCAACCGCUACUCGCCCGACACUUUCGGCUGUCGGAGGUCGGCGGUCAUGAGCGCGUCUUGUUUCUAGCAAAAAAAAAAGAUAUCCAAAUUCCCCGGGUAAUUAAGGAAACAUACUCAGAAGGCGACGACGGAGUAGGGAAUCAGCAAGAGGAGGCGACAAGCGCUCACGAGUCCGCAGUUGCCUCUUCUCGACGGGUCACCGCUCUGAUCCCCGCCCUAUUUGUGCCGUCGCAGUACUACACGGCGUCUCAGCCUAUGUUUGGUUCAAGUCACCCGACCUGCACGCAGGUUGUACACUUCGACCUUGCUUGGGUGGUCAAUGUUUUCCUUCCUGUUCGCCCCGCCUGCCUUGCUGGCCCUUGUGAUGCUAAUGGAGGUGUAUGUCGAGCUGGCGAUACUAACGAGGCCUUAAAAUUACGCGAAUUCAUGGAGUCGAAGGAAUUAUAUCCAGCAGUGGUUACGUUUAACGCUAUUUUACGUAGGUUGUGUGAGGAAGGCCGUAUACAGGACGCGAAUAAGCUGCCGAAAGAAAAAUCGAGCCCGAUAUGUGACUUGCACACAUUGAUAAAUGCCUACUGCAAGAUUGUUGAUAUGAAGUCUGCAUUGAAGGUUAAAGGUAAAAUGAUUGAAGGAGGAUUAAGACCCGAAGGAGAUGAGAUGUAUCGAAGGAGAUUGAUGGUUACACUCAAAAUCUUUAGGAAUAUUAAUGCCUCGUAUGCAACUGAUAGGGACUAUUUGGAUAUGUUUUGGAGUGCUCUGCUCGAUAGAGGCUUGAUUUCCAAAAGUAUUUACAAACAGAUGCAACAAUAG